AUGGACUUCAAGUUCCAGCUCUUUAAGGGCGCAUCCUUCCACCUAAAGGGAAACGCUACGGAUCCCGAAGUCGCUGCCGGCAAGAUCGCGGGGCAGUCGCGGGUGAAGACGGUCUGGCCGGUGCGAAAGAUCUCUUUUCCCAAACCCGACGCGCAGUUUGUCGGGAACAACGUCUCGGAACUCCUCAGGCACGUCAAACGUCAGGAUGACAGCAACGAGAACGGCUUCACCCCGCAUAUCAUGACCCAGGUCGACAAGUUACAUGCGGAAGGCUACACAGGCAAGGGCCUACGGAUCGGCCUCGUCGAUACGGGCGUCGACUACAAACAUCCGGCGCUCGGUGGCUGCUUCGGAAAAGGGUGCUUGGUCGAAUACGGCUACGACUUCAACGGUGAUAACGAUACGUCUCCUGUUCCUAUCCCGGACCCCGAUCCCUACGAUGAUUGUGUCGGGCACGGCACGCACGUCGCCGGAAUCAUCGCCGCUCAGAUGAACGAGUACAACUUCACCGGCGCCGCGCCUGGAGUGACGUUAGGCAUGUAUAAGGCAACCGGCUGCGGCGGGCAGACGACCAACGAAAUAUUGAUAGCGGGAUUCAACGCCGCGUUUGAGGACGGGAGCGACAUCAUCUCCUGCUCUGCGGGCGACGACUCCGGCUGGUCUUCGGAUCCUUGGGCUAUCAUCGCUUCGAGGAUUGCCGCGGCCGGCGUCCCGGUCGUGGUAGCGCCUGGAAACUCGGGCAACUUAGGCCUGUGGUACCCGUCUACCCCCGCAUCGGGCGUUAAUGUGACUGCCGUUGGUUCUGUCGAGAAUACAGUCCUCCCGACCCUCCUAAAGGCGGCUACCUUUGGCCCGGGCAAUGGAACUGGAGCAGAGCGCUUCGGUAUCAGGUAUGGCACUCCUACGUAUCAGGUGAACGUUACCCUGCCGCUCUGGUCUGUGAGCAACAACGCGACCUCGGAAACGGACGCCUGCGGCGCGCUCCCCGAUAGCACGCCGGACCUUGCCAACAAGGUCGUCCUACUUCGCAUGCCGACUUCGGGUUCUACCUGUACUCAAGCAAUUCAGGCCGGAAACGUUGCUGCUAAAGGAGGCCAGUACCUUCUGUGGUAUAGCCAAUCUAAUGGAAGUAUCCCGGUCGCUUAUGUCGCAAACGAGUCUAUCAAAGCUGUUGCCACGACGUCUUCCGAGCAGGGCGCUAAGUUUAUCUCACUGUUGAACAAGGGAGAUACCAUCACCGUGAACAUUGACGACUCCACUUCCGCGGGCCAGCUCGUUCAUAACUUGGAUAAUUCGGCCAUUGGCGGAUACAUGAGCUUCACAAGCAGCUGGGGUCCCACCCAAGAAAUAGACGUCAAGCCCCAGUUUUCUACGCCGGGUGGUGAUAUCCUGUCGACCUAUCCGUUGGCCCUGGGCGGAUACGCCAUCCUCUCGGGUACCUCGAUGUCUACGCCUCUGCUGGCGGCUAUCUUCGCCCUCGUCGCGGAGGUCCGCGGAACUCUCGAUCCUCAAGUCCUUCGUAGCUUGGUUUCUGCCACGGCGAAGCCAUUGGUCUGGUUUGACGGACAAGUUGCGCACGACGAUAUCCUCGCGCCCGUCCCGCAACAAGGUGCGGGAAUCGCCCAGGUUUGGGACGCCGCGCACACGUCCACGAUCCUCAGCGAGAGCAGCUUCUCGUUCAAUGAUAGCGAUCACUUCGUUGGCGAGCGAAGCUUCUCGAUCCAGAACACCGCUCAAGAGGACGUGACUUACGUUCUCGGCCAUACUAAAGCUCUGACGAUGUACACGUUCGCCGACUCCGGAGGCCCCGUCCUCGACACGACGUACUUCCCGAACCCAACCGCGGAUGGGUGGGCCGAACUGGCCUUCGUCUCGGACCAAGUAACAGUACCGGCUGGCGGAAGCUCUAAGGUGACGUUCACGCUUACGCCUCCGCAAAAUCUGAACGCGACCUUGCUGCCCAUCUAUAACGGUUAUGUAACCCUCAACAGCACGAAGGGAGAGUCGCUCGUGUUGCCGUACUUGGGUGUGCUUGGCAGUCUGUACAAUACGCCCGUGGUCCAGGCUGGCUACGACGGUGGUGUCUACCUGACCAACACGGACGGACACUUCAAUAUUCCUGUCGCGGCCAACACCACGUUCACGCUGAAUCGUCCUGGUAGUAAUUCCAGUGCGAGCGGUGUCGUAUAUCCCAAGCUCAGUAUAUCGCCGACGUUAAAUGCGCCUCAGCUCCGCGCCGAUGUCGUCGCCUUGACGGACACGGGUUUGCCGACGACCGAGUGGAAAGGAUACGACAUUAUUGGCUCCCUGUCAGGAUUCCCUAUCACGCUAGUUCCGCGAAACGGAGCCAGCAGUUAUUUCAACGGCAUGCUAGACGAUCGCACCGUUAUCCCUGAAGGUACCUAUAAAUUCGUCACGAGUGGUGUCAGGGUGUUUGGCGAUGCUUCCAAGGAGGAAGAUUGGGAUAUCGUCGAGUCGGUACCUUUCGUGCUCAAGUACUUGUCAUAA